CCCGGAAUCGUUCCAACUAAUAAAAAUUUAUAUAAAUUAGAGAAACAAUCCGGUCAAGAAUUGUUCUGAUCCACCGAUCCGACGCAAACGAACAAUCCCUCAGUCAAUCACGCCCGACGGAGACGGAAGCCUCAGUCAAUCACGCCCGACGGAGACGGAGGAGUCGCGGAGGAGGACUGAGACGCGGACGGGAACAUCGCCGCCGAGGUCUAACUCCAAGUGCGCCGGACGGGAGUGGACGAGGAGGAGGUGACUGGUGAGCGAUUUGGGGUGGGCGGUGACGGGCGUCGCAGGUGCGCCUCACAUGGUGCGCGAUGGCGAAAUGGGACGCUCCUGUCCGUUUGAUCUGGGAGAAUCGAUCCGUCCCGUUUCUGACGACGGGGAAGCGGUCAUGGCGACGGCGGAGAACAAGAGGCCCAGGCUCAGCAGUGGAGCAGAGAAGAAGCCAAGUAGGAAGGAGAUUUUGGAAAGGAAGAAGGCCACAUAUGAGCUUAUAAGAAAAGCUGUAGCUGUGAAGGACCAUCUAGCUCAAUUAUCUGAUUUCCAUAAAUAUCAGAGAAAUGUGUACCUAGAGUCUGGAAGUGGUCAUCAACUGAGAAAACCAAUGAGGAAGUACAUCCAAAAUCUUCUUAAGGUUAACAUGGAGGAACCUUAUGGACCAGAAUGGCUUUUAGAAGAGAAAGUUAAGCGUCGGGAGAUGGUGGUCCCAGAAGCACGAUAUAUAUUUGUGAAGCAAUAUUCUAAUGGGUUUAUUACUGAAAGUUCCAUGAAGGAAACGGAGGUGGAACAUAUGUGUGCAGUGUGUCCUGAAAGCUGCUUGCUUGGUUUUGUACACUAUAGAUUUGUUGUGGAAGAGGAGCUUCCUGUUCUUUAUGUGUAUGAGCUACAAAUGGAGCCUUCUGCUCAGGGUAAGGGGCUGGGGAAGUUUAUGAUGCAGUUGAUUGAACAGAUCGCUUGCAAGAACCAAAUGGGAGCUGUGAUGCUAACAGUUCAGAAAGCUAACACUCAAGCGAUGGCUUUCUAUACCAAGUUGAGAUAUGUGAUAUCUAGUACCUCGCCAUCGCGAGUGGACCCUCAGAUAGGACUUGAAAAAAGCUAUGAGAUUCUAUGCAAGACAUUUGACUCUGAAGCUAAAUCAAAAUUAGAGGAUGGGGACUAUUAAGAGUUUAGAAUGCGUGAUGACGGUGGUCCUUUUAGUAUGAUCUGUAGUCCUGUGUCACUGUAAUUUAUUAUUGACAGCGUGAUGCCUUGUCCAACUUGCAUUCUAUUUGUCUGUAGCUUCUUUUGGAAACUGACACAUUUGUUCUUGCGACUAAUGUCUUGCUGGAUGCUUAAAAGUUAAAAGUUAACAACUCUGCUCGUCUUGCUUUA